AUGACUCGAAAGCCCCACCAAAGGGCAGCCAUCCUCUUUCAACACCCGCUGUGCCUAUUAAAUCUGCAGGGCCUAGGACGCAGCUCUGGCAAGGGAGCGUGGAAACCAUCCAAACGAAAUCGCCGGGGGGCGACGCGGGCUCCAGGCGAGGGCGCCACGCGGGCACCGACGCAGCCGCGGGUCUCCGCGGAUCACAAGGCAGGGUUGCCGUGGCAGCGGCGGCGGCCACCAGCCCAGCAGCAGGCAGGGGAGGCCCGCGGCCAGCAGUGGAAGCCAGGCGCCCGCAGGACUCGUGGCCACGCCAGCGCCAUGUAUGCGGCCAAGUGGUUCCAAGGGGCGCCCUUCGGGGUGCAGAGCCACAGAUUUGAUGUCUCUGCUGUUUAUCCCAACCAGAAGAAGUCCAGCACCUUCACAGAGGCCCCAUACUCCACCCACCAUUCUGUGGAAGUGUCCCACAUAGGACCUGGGACCUAUGGCUCCAAGGAGACCUGCUUCAGCAAGAAAAAACUGAAGAAGGAGGUGGGCACAGGCUGGGCUCUGGCCCAGGAAGCCACCCGGCUGACCCAGAUGCCCCACUUCCGGUACCAGACCACGAUGAGAGAGAAGAAGUUGCAGGAACAAAAGCGGGGGCCUGGCACCUAUGACCUCAAAGACUUCUUACAACAGUCGCAGCAGAAGCCAGGCAGCAAGCGGGGGCUGCUCAGCUCCGGAGAGGUCCGCUUCCGAGGUCUCAUCGGGAACUAUUAUCCGGGCCCCGGGAAUUAUGGGGAGAAGGGCAACCCAUACACGCGGCUGGAGGAGAACGCCUGGAACCGGUCCCAUUCCGAGGGCCUCAUGUGCAGGAUGUCAAAUAAGUCACCACCUUUGGCUCAUCAGGGGAGUGGUCUGGGACCUGGCACCUACUCCUUCAAAACUGGCAUCGAGACAUUCCUGGCACGAUCCACUGGCACCCGCGGCCCCUAUGACAUUUUCUCUGGCGACCGAAGCAAGCCCCUGCCCUUUGGACAUUUCUCUGUGCAGAAAAAAAAGCCCAGGGAACUGACGAAUUUCAAGAGCUUCGUGGAUGAACUUAACUCACGUCACAAUAAGAAGCGUGGGGUUUUUUCAGAAGUUCCCCGCGACCCGAAAAACCCUACAGAGAGGAUUUACUGGUCCACUCUUAGCCAGUGCCCCCGAAAACUAGAUACAUCUGGCCCUGGUUCAUGGCUUCCUCAAGAGACAGAGAUCAUACACGUCAACCGGCCGCCAUUCCUCCUGGCCUCUAAGCGUUCAGGCCCAAAGGCCAACCAGAUGGUUUUGGGAAGCUGGAACCCGGUCGGGGUGGGCCGCUACCUCAACACCACGCUGUUAGAGACCAAGGACACCCGGCAGCGAUACCGGUCCCUGUACAUGGGUGAAUCCAAGCGUUACCUCUCAGAUCUGACCCGGGACAGACUCAUGCAGGAAAGGAUCACACCUUUUACAAAGGGAAGGUGCCCUCCAACUGUGGAUUAUAACUCAGAUCCUACUCCUUAA